AGAUUCCGUUUUAUUGUGGGCGUAGUUAAUUUCCCUCUAGUAAUCAGUCCUUCGCCUGUUGGAAGGAAAAUCAAGACUUAGCCAGGAUUUGAUCUACUCGGUGCUCAACUUGUGUACUUGAGUUUGUAAGCCAUGUGUAGUGUUUUUAUUCGCUGGCAUCACCUGACAGGAAUAGAUCCACAAGAGAUCAAGAAAAGCUUAUUCCUUAUAAUAACAAUUCUGAUACAUGGGGUAUUUUAUUUAAUUGUUGUUUAGUUGGGUUCCUUUUGUUCGUGAACUGUUGAGCCCCAAAUCUCAAAGAAUGAAAAAUUAAAAUAGGGAACUGAGAACUUUAAGUAAGUAGUUGUGAUUUGACAGUAAUUUUUUUUUUUUACAAGUGAUAAAUUGGUCAUUUGACCAGCCAUCAUUUAAUCUAAAUAGUAUAUAUUACACCUGUCAUUGUUUCCUUAGAUUCCUAAAACACUUCUACAGUGGUAUAGCAUAAUAGAUAUUAUAAAUUUGAGAUUUGGAAAAAAAUGUUUAUUUCCUUGUGGGACUUCUUCUAUGGGCACUUUUUUCGAUUUUGGAUGAAAUGGCUCUUACGACAGAUGACUGGAAAGUGUGAAUUGCAGCGAAUUUUUGAUACCUAUGUAGGUGCACAAAGGACACACAGGAUAGAAAAUUCCUUGAUGUACUCCAAGAAUAAGGUUUUACAGAAAGCAACACUUGUUGUUCAGAGUGAAGUGGACAAGUGCAUAGAAGAUAUAAUGAGAGAAAAGAAUAUCAACCCGGAGAAGGAUGUCAGUUUUAAAAUAUGCAUGAAGGCAUGCUUACUGCAGAUAUCCGGUUACAGACAGCUCUAUUUGGAUGUAGAAAGUGUGAGAAAAAAACCGUAUGAUUCUGAUAACCUGCAACAUGAAAAGCUGCUUCUCAAGCAAAACACCCUCAUGGACACGGACAACAGUAUGCUUUGGAAUCUUUUAAUGCCCACGAAAAAAUUGAAAGCUAGAAUCUCCAAGCAAUGGGCUGACAUUGGUUUCCAGGGUGAUGAUCCCAAAACGGACUUCAGAGGCAUGGGCAUACUUGGAUUAAUCAACCUUGUGUACUUCAGUGAAAAUUAUACCAGGGAAGCUCAUCAGAUUCUUUCCCGUUCAAAUCACCCAAAAUUAGGGUAUUCUUAUGCAAUAGUUGGAAUCAAUCUGACAGAGAUGGCUUAUAGCUUACUGAAGAGUGAAGCUUUGAAAUUUCAUCUCUACAACUUGGUUCCUGGUGUACCAACAAUGGAACACUUUCAUCAGUUUUAUUGUUAUCUUGUAUAUGAAUUUGACAAGUUUUGGUUUGAAGAAAAGCCAGAAAGCAUUAUGUAUUUCAACAUAUAUAGAGAGAAGUUUCAUGAAAAGAUUAAAGGACUCUUACUGGAUUAUAAUGUAUCACUUACUUUAAAAAUAUGAAUCAUUCCUAGUAUCUUCUAUUUCUACCACAUUUUGCACACACAACAGAAUUUAUAUGUUGUAAUAGAAAUUAUCUGAUCAAUUACACUACGUAUAUAUAAUUUCCUACAGAAAUAUUUCAGAAGUUCUAUUUAAGAAAGCUAGUGGACAAUCAGUGUACGUUUACAGUUGUUUAUACACUGUCCUCCAAAGGUACCUUAUCCUUCCAAAGAUCCCCUUUGUGGAGUCAUAGGAACUAUAGUUUGGAACUUGGGACUUAACCCAUUUAGUAUAAAAGUACAAAUCAGGUAUUUGUAUUAAAUUGGUUGAUUAAAAUGUGUAAAUAUCAGUUUUCACUUUUAUGUGUUGUAGUUAUCAAGUUGGUAUCUUUGCAAAGCUCUUAACAUGUUUUGUUUUUGAAUUUGGAAGUAAUUGUUCUUUACUUUCUUUCUCUUAUUUUAUUUGUAGGUUAAUUAGGGGAGAGAGUGGUUCUUUGUGGUUUUUUCAUUUGACUCUCAGUCACAUGUCAGUGUUGCUUCGUAGCAACAUGUCAGAGAGGAGGAAGAACCUUUUUGGUUUGCCUGACUACUUAGCAUAAUAUAUAAGAAAACAGUAUUGGUGACUAGCUUUUUUGUUUUUAAAUACCACACUUUGAAAUAUUGCAAUGUUAUUUUAAAGCUUAAAGACAUUUUCUCAUAUUCAGUCUUUGCUUUUUGUCAGUUGUAGAAAAAACCUGAGUUAAUACUUGGUAUGAAAACCUUUUAUGGGGUUUCUCUACCUGUCUGUGUUUAUGAAAAGAGAUGUAUUUGCUCAGAAUAUCUUGAUUGUAUUCAAAGGACAGUUGCUGUUUCAAUAAAGCUGUCUUUGAACUUAAACAAAAAGAAAACUUAAAGCUUUAUAAAAAUCUCAGUUAAACGUCAUUGGCUUAUUUUGCUUACUGUUAAAUCUUGCUUCUCUGCUUUACUCCAUAGUGUUCCCAGUUGAUGAUGUAUGAACUGUAUGGAUAUUCUCUGAGUUAGCAAUUCGUGGGAUUCUAAAGUAGCCUGAGGAUGAUGAUUGUGCAUUUUGUACAGCUUUAUCCUCCUAAAGUAGCAAGCGUGUUAAGGAUUACAUAGUGAUGAGAUUCUAAUGGGAAUAGUUUGUUCUGCCUAUGUUUUUGACAUUAGUUCUCAUAGCAGAGCUAAAAGAGUUUGAAGAUGGGUUCAUAUGAUUGUAAAUUCUCCUUAAGUCCUACAGAAACCUGUCCGUUAGACAUAAUUUAAUCUAAAACACGACGACAGUUGGUACAUCCUUUAAUAUGGUCUAUAGUAAGUGUUGAAGGACUAGCUCUUAAGUGAUUUAUCAAGACCUGAGACUUUCAAGUAUUGUUCAUGCUUGUUAACAAACCUCUCUUCAAACUUGCCAAAGAGAAGAGUGGUAAAAAUAUUCAAUUGGAAAAUAACAGAUGUGGUGAUGUAAGGAAACCUUUGGAGCAGCGGUCACCAACCGGUGGUCCGCGGACCACGGGUGGUCUGUGAGGUCCAAAAGGUUGGCGACUGCUGGGAUAGCACAUUAAAAGUACAUGCAUUAAAAUUGUGAUUUUCUCAACAAGAUAAAACGUUUUAAAAUUGCAUUCAUUUUAUUACAAUCAUGGCAGUUUAGCUAUUCAGUAUUACAGGAGUUUAAAAAUUGGUUUCUUGUAAAUAUCUUAACUUGAUUUUUUAAAUAUAUUUUUAAUGCUUUAUCAUCCAACUAGAGUUCUAGUUGUAGUAAAAUCCCAAUAAGGAUCAAGUGUUAACCAUUAAAGUUCCUUUUAUCACGGGGUUUACUAUUACAUGGAAAGUAAUUCUGUUAGUCUUUGAAUUUUUAUGUUGAAAAUACUUACCUUUAUAUUUUAAUCUUUCAACAGCUGAGAUCUUGAACUGAUUUAAAUCUUUGUCGGUAUCUUAAUAAAAGAAUGACUCAAGUAUGAAAGGAGAAACUUUUUAAGUAGUUUAAGUUUUUUCCUUUCUAGGGAGAAAGAAAUGUUUUUCAUAAUAUUUUUAUAAAUGUCAUUAGCAAGUUUCCUCAAUAUUAUGUUCUUUAAAUCCACCUCUAUGUGUAUAGCAUAGAUAUUGUUCUUUUUUCUUUUUUUGCUUAAGCUAAUCAGUAACCAUUUCAGAUAGCUCUAUAUUGAGCUGGUCUAAGCACCCCACAGAUUCUUAGGUUUGACAGUCUGGAAACCAAGCUGAGUGUCACUGGUUGUAAAUUAAAGUGUGACAUGUGCCUUCUGGCUUUUAGGUGAGAGCGACAUAGAUGAAGAGAGAAAUGGGAUAAUUGUGUCUGCCUUCCUCCUUUUCCUUGCUGUCCACAUAUAUCAUGUUAGAAAUUUAUGUAGUUUUAAAAUCCAUGUUGAGAACCUAUCCCGUUUCUGUAAUCGUAACUACCAGGGUAGUUAUAGAACUGAAGUAGCAGGAAAAUUAUGAUUGUUUUAGCAUGAGUAAAGUGAAUCAGUGUUGAAAUGAAUUGUUGUAUGUGCUAGAUUGAAGAGAGUGUGCCAGUGACAAGAUAGUCUAAAAAAAUAAUUAAGUGGUUGUAGUUCAGAUAUAUUCUGAAAGACAAUCUUUUAAAAAUGGGAGAAAUCAGGGGAUAUCCGUGAACCAAGACCAACCUUUUUUUGUAUUAAAUGUGAUAUAGUUAGAUAGAAAAAUCAGUGUCUUACUGGCACCGUUUACAGUUUAAAAACCCAUCCUUUUAUUGAGAAGGUCCAUCCUGAAUUUUUCUGUGUUAAGAGCUACUUGAAUUUGUAUGUAUUUUUCUAUGUGAAAACAUACGUACUCUUCAUUCUUAUUCCAGUGUUCACAGUGGUUUAUGUACAUUUCUUCCCUUGGUGUUCAGUGAGGUAGAACUUGCUCAAAGAUUGCACAUUACAUGAGUGUGAAAAGUGAACACUCGUGGCCAGAGCAGGAAAGAUUACAUGUUGUCAUGGCACUGAAGAGAAGAGGUUUGGCUUGGAGAGCAAUAAUUCUUAUUAUCCUUCUUGAAUUAGUGAAGCAGCUAUUUCCUUGGGAUAAAUUGUCCACCCACCUUCUCCAUGAACAAGCUGAGGAGGCUUAAUUUCCAUUUUCAUAUUUAUGAACCUCUCCACAUCUGCUUUUUUUUUUUUUUUAAUCAUGAAAAUUAACAGAGUUGUUAAAAAUCUGGGAGGAAAAAAUCAUAAGUAAACUUUAUUUUUCCUGGCUUCAACUUUUGACAAGAGAAAGUUUAAAUGUAGUGCAGGUAAGACCCAAGUACUACAAUAUUAUGAUAAAGCAAUUUCAUAUUUCUGUUAAACUCUCCAACAAAUAUUUAAGCACUGGCUUUCCCUGCAGGAAAAACUACUAGUUUCCAAUAUAAAAAAAUAGAUUUUUGUUUACUUUGGGUAAAGCAGCUAAUUUCUGUGUAAAAGCAAUAGUUGAAAUAUGAUGUCAUUGUGUUUGGAAUGUUGUGAGCAAAUAAAAAAACAUGUUGAAACUAU